AUGGACCAAAGAGAAAUUUUGCAGAAGUUCCUGAAUGAGGCACGGGAUAAGAAAAUUAAGAAAGAAAAGUUUGCCACUGAAUUUCUGAAAUUGAAAAAGCAAUCUACCAAGUACAAGACAGACAAAACCUAUCCCACAACUGUGGCAGAGAAGCCCAACAAUAUCAAGAAAAACAGAUAUAAGGAUAUCUUGCCUUAUGAUCAUAGCCGGGUAGAGCUGUCCUUGAUAACCUCAGAUGAGGAUUCCAGUUACAUCAAUGCCAACUUUAUAAAGGGGGUUUAUGGACCCAAGGCUUAUAUUGCCACCCAGGGUCCUUUGCCUACAACUGUCCAGGAUUUCUGGAGGAUGAUUUGGGAAUACAAUGUCCUGAUCAUUAUUAUGGCAUGCAUGGAGUUUGAAAUGGGGAAGAAAAAGUGUGAGCGCUACUGGGCUGAGCCAGGAGAGAAGCAACUACAGGUUGGCCCUUUCUCCGUAUCCUGUGAAGUUGAAAAAAGAAAGUCUGAUUACACAAUCAGGACUCUAAAAGCCAAAUUUAAUGGUGAAACUCGAACUAUCUACCAGUUUCAUUAUAAGAAUUGGCCAGAUCAUGAUGUGCCUUCUUCUAUAGACCCUAUUCUUGAGCUCAUCUGGGAUGUGCGUUGUUACCAAGUAGAUGACAAUGUCCCUAUAUGCAUUCACUGCAGUGCUGGCUGUGGAAGAACUGGUGUUAUUUGUGCUAUUGAUUAUACAUGGAUGUUGUUAAAAGAUGGGAUAAUUCCUGAGAACUUCAAUAUUUUUAGUUUGAUUCAGGAAAUGCGGACACAGAGGACUUCAUUUGUUCAAACUCAGGAUCAGUAUGAGCUGGUCUACAAUGCUAUCUUAGAACUAUUUAAGAGACAGACGGAUAUUUUCAAGAACAAACACAUUGGAACAAAGAUUCAAGCAAAGUAUUCAGUUCCUGAGCAAAAUUCCACUCUAGAAGCAGGCUGUUCUUCUCUUAGUUUAUCAAUAAGCUCCAUAAACGAAGCAACGAUGAUGAACACACAGAACAAACCAGGAACAAAAGUGGAAAAAGCAGGGGCGUUUUCCUUUGACCAGAGGACUUCUGAAAUCAGUGAGAGGGAAAGGUGUGUUUUGCACCCUACUGCACGGUGCACAUCUUUUGACUUUUUGGAACUAAAUUGUGAUUGUAACAAAAUUUCCGACAGAGCCAUGCAAUGGGAGACAAAGGAAUUUCCAAUGACUGGGGAAUCUCUUCAGAAGCAUCAGAGUUUGGACUUGAGCUCCAUUUUGUCUGGAGCAUGUCCAAAUUCAAAACCUAUAAAUACUGCAGAAAAAUAUUUUCAUCCAAAGCAGCCAAUUAUACGGACCAAAUCAACUCCCUUUGAGUUGAUACAGCAAAGAGACAUGAAGGAAUUGGACAGCAAUGAAAAUAUUUCUUAUAUGGAACGUCAACGGCACAAUUCUUGUCUGAUGUAUGCUUCAUCAGCAGAACUGAAUUGCUCACUGCCAAAUGACCCUCAAUACCAAAUACAUAAUGCCUCUAAUGGAAAGCAACCUGGUCCUAGUGCAUAUUCCUACAUGUCUUUAGUAGAAGAUCCUUAUUUUUCACCAGUGCCUCCAGGUCGUGCUGAUUCUAAAAUGUCUCUUGAUUUACCUGAGAAGCAGGAUGGAGCCAUGUUUCCUUGUUCUUUGCUGUCAACAUCGUCUACAACCCUUUUCUCUUAUUACAAUUCACAUAAUUCUUUGGCACUGAAUUCUCCAACUAAUUUUCCCCCACCACCGAACCAGAAGACAGUGGCAACUUCUCCAAAGAUAGAUGAUGAAAUACCCCCUCCACUGCCAGAACGGACACCUGAAUCUUUCAUUGUGGUUGAGGAAGCAGGAGAAUACCCACCAAGUGCUCCCAAACCAUUAUCUUCAAUUGUGAAGGUAAAAACGGAUGCAUCACUGGACUGGAGUGGAACAUCUAAUGACCCUGUAAGACUUAGACCAUGCAAGAGUGUAAAACUCCGUUGUUCCAAAUCAGAUCUACAGCAAUGUCGUUCUUCUUCCCCACCACCUCCACUUCCAGAAAGAACCCUAGAGUCCUUCUUUCUUGCUGAUGAAGAUUGUAUGCAAGCCCAAUCUGGAGAAGCUUAUUCUGCUGGCUGUGAUGACACCAUGGAAAACUCAACAUCUUCAAAGCAGAUAUUGAAGACUCCUGGGAAAACUUUCACAAGGAGUAGGAGCUUGAAAAUUCUACGAAAUAUGAAAAAAGGUAUCUGUAAUUCUUCCUCAUCAAACAAAUCUGCAGAAUCUGCUCAGUCAAGUAACUCCAGCUCCUUUCUGAAUUUUGGUUUUGCAAAUCGUUUUUCAAAACCCAAAGGACCAAGGAACCCACCAGCAACUUGGAAUCUUUAA